AUGGACGCAAAUAACCCCAACAUCGAGAAGCGAUCAACCCCCCAGUGGGCGUUGUAUCAGCGCGAGAACUUCUGGAAGGCCAACGAUGGACAGGUGCCGCCGUUCAACACUCACCCUAUCAAACUCGAACAACGAGCCCGCGAACGUCUCACCGAGUCCGGCUGGUAUUACGCCUCCUCCAACGCUGGCAUGUCCAACACCCACCUAGCGAACCGCCAAGCCUUCUACCGCCACCGCAUAAUCCCCAACCAACUCGUCGACACCAACAACCGCGACACGACCACCGAGAUCUUCGGCCACAAGGUCGCCGCGCCCAUUGGCUUCGCACCAAUCGGUAUCAACAAGAUCUAUAACCCGCUCGCGGAGUUACCAGUGGCCAAGGUUGCGGGAGAGCUAAAUAUCCCGUAUUGUCUGUCGACGGCUGGGAGUACCGCGAUUGAGAAAGUGGGCGAAGCAAAUUGUAAUGGGCCAAGGUUCUUUCAGUUGUAUAUGCCGCAUGAUGAUGAGUUGACGCUGUCGUUGCUGAACCGUGCGUGGAAGAGUGGGUUUGAUGCAGUUAUGUUGACGACGGAUACGUGGCAGCUUGGUUGGAGACAUGAUGAUGUCGCGAGCUCCAAUUAUGCGUUCUACCGCGGUAUUGGUGCGGACUUGGGUCUUAGUGACCCUGUUUUCCAGAAACGGUGUCGUGAGGACGGCAUCGACCCCGAGAAAGAUGUCCUCGCUGCGUCGACGAAGUGGAUUGAUUCGAUCUGGCACGGUCGUGCGUGGUCGUGGGAGAAGAUUCCUUGGCUCAUUGAGCAGUGGAAGAAGAUUUCUGGAGGUCGUCCGUUCGCAAUCAAGGGCAUUCAAUCCGUGAAAGACGCGAGGAAAUGCGUUGAGUACGGCGUCGACGGGAUUGUCGUGAGUAACCACGCAGGCCGGCAGAUUGACGGCGCAAUCGCCAGUCUUGACGCACUGGAGAAUAUCGCAAAUGCUGUUGGCGACAAACUGUAUAUCAUGUUCGACUCUGGCGUGCGUGGCGCGAGUGAUGUCGUCAAGGCGCUGGCGCUUGGAGCGAAGUUCGUGUUUGUUGGGAGACUUUGGGUUUGGGGAUUGAGUAUUAUGGGUGAAGAGGGGGUUAGGCAUGUUAUGAAGAGUUUGUUGGCGGAUUUGGAUAUUCUGAUGAGUGUGGGUGGGUUUAAUAAGGUUGAAGAAUUUGGGAAGGAUAUUCUGGAAUCAUACCCUAAGUCGUACAGUUUGAUCCCGGAUAAGGUGCUGUAA